CUCAAACACCAUGCUGGCCGCCACGCUGCUGAGCCUGGCCCUGCUGGGCAGUGCCCGUGCCUGUUCCACCAGUACCCCGUACACGGCGGGCAUCGUGUGCCGCAUCACCAAGCCCGCCCUCCUGGUGUUGAACCAGGAGACAGCCAAGGUCAUCCAGACAGCCUUCCAGCGAGCCCCCUACCCAGACAUCAAGGGCGAGAAGACCAUGAUGCUCCUUGGCCGAGUCAAGUAUGGUCUGCACAACAUCCAGAUCAGCCAUCUGUCUGUUGCCAGCAGCCAGGUGGAGCUGGUGGAGGCCAAGUCCGUCGAUGUCUCCAUUCAGAAUGCAUCUGUCAUCUUCAAGGGGACCCUAAACUAUGGCUACAUGGGUGCCUGGGGGCUGGGCAUCGAUCAGUCUGUUGACUUCGAGAUUGAGUCUGCUAUUGACCUUCAGAUCAACACGCAGCUCACCUGCAACUCUGGUAAAGUGCGGACUGAGACCCCCGACUGCUCCUUGUCCUUCCAUAAGCUACUCCUGCAUCUCCAAGGAGAUCGUGAGCCUGGAUGGAUCAAGCAGUUAUUUACAAACUUCAUCUCCUUCACCCUGAAGCUGGUUCUGAAGGGACAGAUCUGCAAGGAGAUCAACGUCAUUUCCAACAUCAUGGCCGACUUUGUCCAGACAAGGGCUGCAAACAUCCUCUCUGAUGGAGACAUCGGGGUGGACAUUUCCUUGACAAGAUCGCCUGUCAUCACAGCUACCUACCUGGAGUCCCAUCACAAGGGUCAUUUUAUCUACAAGAAUGUCUCGGAGGACCUCCCCCUGCCCACCUUCUCACCCAAGCUGCUGGGGGACGCCCGAAUGCUUUACUUCUGGUUCUCUGAGCAAGUCCUCGACUCCCUGGCCAAGGCUGCCUUCCAGGAUGGCCGCCUGCAGCUCAGCUUGGCAGGAACAGAGUUCAAGGCUGUGCUGGAAAGGUGGCGACUCAACACCGACCAGGUCAUCAGUCCAGAGCUGCUCAGCAGCUCCCCCACCAGCCCAGUUGGAGUCACUGUCCACUGCCCGAAGAGGCCCACGAUCUCCUGCCAGAGUAAGGGCGUGGUGGUCAGUUCCGCCGUGGUAGUGGAAUUUCUCUUCCCACGUGAGGAUGGGCAAGGCUCUGUGGCUCACACUUUCGAAGAGGACAUUGUUGCUACCGUCCAAGCCUCCUAUUCCAAGAAAAAGCUCUUCUUACGCCUCGUGGAUUUCCAGAUGAAACCAAAGACUGCUUCCAAUAUGGCUGAGAGCAGCUCCGAGUCCAUCCAGAGCUUCCUGAAGUUGCUGGUCACCACCGUGGGUAUCCCUGAGGUCAUGUCUCGGCUCGAGGCGGCAUUUACAACCCUCAUGAACAGGAAAGGCCUUGACCUUUUCGACAUCAUCGAUCCUGACAUCAUCACUCAUGAUGGCUUCCUGCUGUUGCAAAUGGACUUUGGCUUCCCAGAGCACCUCCUGGUGGACUUCCUGCAGAGCCUAAACUAGGAGCUCUCACAUCAGACCCCGGCAUCUCUGGGCAUCACGGUGGUGGGCAUCGGGAUG